UGCAAGGCAUCUGCACAAUCACACACCACCUCAACAAGAGCCUGUCUUGGUAGGACAAGAGCAUUUGAAUGUAUUUCAGCUUUGCAUUUUGUUUUUGAGAGUUUGUUCUGUAUCUCAUCAAAAAUGGAUAAUGUAUGUCAAUGUACAGAUUCCAAUGAUAGGCAGUCAAAUGCUAUCCUUUACAACAUCCUCAAUCGAGAAAAUUACAAGUCAAGCCACAACAACACGAACUACAACUUUAUGCCUCGUAGAUGCAACUGUGAGAUGCGACGGACAGUGUGCUUGAAAAGUCCAGCAGACAUUUGCCAAGAGGCGUCGGGAGUGCUGGUGAAAACAAUUCACUUUAUGAGGAACUUACCUGCUUUCAACCAACUCCCACUGAACGAUCAACUGUCGCUCCUCCAAAGUUGCUGGGGGCCACUCUAUAUUUUGGGUCUGGCCCAGGAAGGCAUGAACUUUGACGUCGUCGACACCCCUGCCGAUAGCAUGCUGAAAAGAAUCCUCUUGAAUUCUCAAGAGAGCUCAGAGAUGGAAAGAGAGCAGCCCACCUUGGCCGGUGUGAACAAACUCAAGGCAUGCCUCAAAAAGUUCUGGCGUCUGGAUUUAAGUCCAAAGGAGUACGCAUACCUCAAGGGCACCAUGAUAUUUAACCCAGAUGUGAAAGACCUGACGGCAGCUCUAUUCGUGGAGGACUUACAGCAGGAGGCCCAGCAUGCUCUGAGGGAGGUGGUCCAACCGCUCCACCCCGCGGACCGAGGCCGCUUCGCUGGCAUCCUGCUCGCGGCCUCCAUGCUCAAGACCAUCACACCCAACCUCAUCACCGAGCUCUUCUUCCGUCCUGUCAUUGGCCAAGCAGAUCUACUGGACUUCCUGGUCGAUAUGCUCUUCAGUAGGUAGCUUACUGUAGAGCUGAUGUACAGAGACCUGAUAUAGUUUCCCGCCGUGAGGGAUAUUGAGCCCCCCAGGACUGAGUUGGAGUGCCUGGUCAUGUGGUGAAGAGUUUGGCAAAUAAGUGCUCGUCAUAAGGGGAAACAAAAUACACUUGUAUUCUUUAUUCACAGUAACACUAUCGCUGAUAGGUUUUCAUGUCUGACCAAAUAGGAAAAUAUUUUUUUUUCUCAAAAAUAUGACAACAGUUUGCUAUUGUUUACAUCCAACUAUGAAUGAGCAACAUUUACUGUAUAUUAGCAACAUUUUUGGUAGAAAAUUGAGGUCACAAUGGCGGGUAGUUAUAACAGACAUUUUACUGGUUAGAUCAGACAGGACACACUCCAGUCUACAAUACACAUUCCUUAAAACCAUGGAUAUUGUGCAGAAUACUGUUUAGAUACAUUGUUUGUUUUGUGUAAUGUUUGCAUGAGUAAUGUAAAUCAUUUCUGGGACUGCCCCCAGAAUAUUCUAAAUAUAUUUUUAUACAAUUACUGUGUUAUGUCUUUACAAUUUGGAAUAUGGUUUGCGAGAUAGGAAUAGGAACAGAAUUAGCCAAGCCAAAGUAGAUUAAACGUCCCUGUUCAAGAGGUCUAUAUUACAGCAGGCAUUGCCAUUCAAGGACCUCUUCAAGCUCAAUUUAAACAUAUCUCUUCUUAAGCACUGGAAAAAUAUGUGUAGAAUUUAAAAGCCCACAUUCUCCCCCCUAACCAUUGGGUUAGAGUGAAUCUGUGUUGGGAUUUGGGAAUGAGUGGCUCAUCAGUGAUGUUUUCAUACAUAGACAAGGCUAUCACAGUAGUGUGAGAGUGCUCCUCAAGUUUACAACUUCCUGCUCCAGUUCCUGUUGAUUCGUAAUGUGUUUGAACAGUAAGCUUUAUCUGUAUUACCUCACCCGUACAGAGGGCACUUUGGAAGGUGGUUUACCAGCUGGGUUACCCUGUACCGUCACCUUGCUGCCUCUCUCCUCUCGAGUGGCUCACCGCAGCAACGAGAGACAGUCACUAUGCAGUUCCGUUGAGGCUGUCUCAACAGUCGAUAGCAGUCACUAAGCUCCCCUUAUCAUACCAAUAAGAUACGAGGAAUAACAUUUUCAGUCUAAAGGAGCCAAGGUCGGGCUUGAACGAAAUGUCACAGUGUUCUAAACAUCUAAAUAAAGAAUACAAAUCUCUACAUACAGUAUGUAGAGCGUCACACCAUCUUAACAUUAGGUUGUCAUUUAGUUUCCGUAGACUGGACACGUGAACAACUAUUGGCAACAACAACAAAUAUUUUCUAUUCAGACUUUUUUUGUGUGUUUAAGUACAGUGUUACUGAAAAAUAAGUCUCUUACUGCUCUUUGAAUACACAGUACAGAGUAUUUAUUUAUGCUGCAAUAAAGACAGAUCUAUCAGAUCUCAAAAGAUA